UGAGAAACUCAGAAACCGUCGUACCACGAACCGUGAAUGUGCUAACAACAGUUCGUUUCAGUUGGUUCAGUGAACACACGUUAUAAUAGUGAUACCUAUUUAUUGGAUUUUACGAACAGUUUUGUGUCUCCUGUUUUUUAUUUUGGAUAUACCAUGCCUGUGUCAAUGAUGGCGAAGAAUUAUUCUCAUUGUCCUUUGAAGAAGAGGCCUGUGCAUAUUGUGGAUGAUAUAUCAGAUGAACCUGAAGAUCUCAGCACAAAACCAAGGGAUUUGAGCAAAACCGAACAAAUCUCAUCGUCGAGUUCUCCAAGUUUGCCAAGUCCGACUAGCAGCACUAACAUUCCUUCACCUUAUUUUGAUUACACUUCAAUUUCUCCUUCAAACUCACCAGUUUCUUCACCUUCACCUCCAGCAAUCUACCAUCCAAUUCCAUUCCACCCAGCUUCUAUAAGCCCUGAAUACGCUCCUCAAACUUGGCACCGCAGUGUGGCAGCUCCUCAUUACCCCUAUGGAUUCCACCCUUAUGGAUACCAUCAUCAUGAUUACGUUGUGAGGUCAUCGUCACCUUAUAGUGAAAGUUCUUUGUCGCCACCACAUCAGCCAACUCACCCUUUGAUGCCGCUGGCCAUCAAACCUCUACCAUAUAGUGACCAAUCUUCGCUGAGUCCGAAUUCGUCGACAGCAUCACCGCCUCCUGAGAUGGUAACAGUUCGCGCUGAAAAACAUCGUCAAGCAGACAGACAUCAAUGCCCGGAUUGUGGGAAAAGCUACUCUACCUUCUCCGGACUUUCAAAACACCGUCAGUUCCACUGUGCUGCUGGUGAUGGACCCAAAAAAGUCUUCAACUGCAAGUACUGCGAUAAAGUAUACGUUUCCUUGGGAGCUCUCAAGAUGCACAUCAGGACCCACACUCUACCCUGCAAGUGCGAGAUUUGCGGAAAAGCUUUUUCCCGACCUUGGUUGUUGCAAGGACACAUCCGUACCCACACCGGAGAAAAACCCUUCUCUUGUACCCACUGCAACAGAGCCUUCGCCGAUAGAUCGAAUUUGAGGGCCCAUUUGCAGACCCAUACGGAUGUCAAGAAGUAUUCUUGUAAGAAUUGUAACAAGACCUUCUCGAGGAUGUCUCUCCUGACCAAACACUUAGAAAGUGGAUGUCUUGGCAACGCUAAUGUUAUGCGUAUGCCGACUGAAAAUAGGUACUAUGAACCUGAAGAUCUCAGCACCAAACCAAGGGAUUUGAGAAAAACCGAAGAAAUCUCAUCGUCGAGUUCUCCAAGUCUGCCAAGUCCGACUAGCAGCACUAACACUCCUUCUCCUCAUUUUGAUUAUACUUCAAUUUCUCUUUCAAACUCAGCAGUUUCUUCACCUUCACCUCCAGCAAUCUACCAUCCAAUUCCAUUCCACCCAGCUUCUAUAAGCCCUGAAUACGCUCCUCAAACUUGGCACAGCAGUGUGGCAGCUCCUCAUUACCCCUAUGGAUUCCACCCUUAUGGAUACCAUCAUCAUGACUACGUUGUGAGGUCAUCGUCACCUUAUAGUGAAAGUUCUUUGUCGCCACCACAUCAGCCAACUCACCCUAUGAUGCCGCUGGCCAUCAAACCUCUGCCAUAUAGUGACCAAUCUUCGCUGAGUCCAAAUUCGUCGACAGCAUCACCGCCUCCUGAGAUGGUAACAGUUCGCGCUGACAAACAUCGUCAAGCAGACAGACAUCAAUGCCCGGAUUGUGGGAAGAGCUACUCUACCUUCUACAGACUCUCAAAACACCGUCAGUUCCACUGCGCUGCUGGUGAUGGACCCAAAAAAGUCUUCAACUGCAAUUACUGCGAUAAAGUAUACGUUUCUUCGGGAGCUUUCAAGAUGCACAUCAGGACCCACACUCUACCCUGCAAGUGCGAGAUUUGCGGAAAAGGUUUUUCCCGACCUUGGUUGUUGCAAGGACACAUCCGUACCCACACCGGAGAAAAACCCUUCUCUUGUACCCACUGCAACAGGGCUUUCGCCCUUAGAUCGAAUUUGAUUGUCCAUUUGCAGACCCAUACGGAUGUCAAGAAGUAUUCCUGUAAGAAUUGUAACAAGACCUUCUCGAAGAUGUCUCGCCUGACCAAACACUUAGAAAGUGGAUGUCUUGGCAACGCUAAUGUUAUGCGUAUGCCGACUGAAAAUAGGUACUGAUUUUCCAUUCGUUUUCUGUCAUUUUACAAAGUACAAAUCCUGAAGAGUGUGCCUUCUUAGUCAGUUCGAUAAUUUAUGAUGUUCUUGUGACGAAAAUGAUAAAACCUUUAUUUUUAUAUGUUUAUUGUACAGUUGUUUUUCGAAAUCAACGUUUCUGUAAAUAUCUGAAUGCGAGUUCAAAAUUAGUCAGUUAAAUUAUGUAAAUAUUUGUUCAGUAUUAAUUGUUAGUUAUUUAUUUUCAUAUAUUUUCGAAAUAUUCUUUCUAGUCAUGGAAGUUGUUGUUCUUCCUCAUGUACAUAUUGCCAUUUGACAGUGCCUUAUCAAAAUAUAUUGAAGAGCUAUUAUUAAAAUGUUAUUUCCAAUUA